AUGGGCAAAUUCUCAUUCUUUUGCUGCUCGCCAAACGUCUCUCACAUUUAUGACGACAACAACCACAGCGUAAGAGCCGGGACCAAGCCGGCGACAACCAAGAAUGCAGGGAAGCCAGAACCCUACUCCGAGGCACGCGCGCGGGAGCUGUUCAAGAAGUACGAGGACCCAGAUACACCGGGAGAGAUUGGCCCAGAAGGGUUCGAGAAGCUUUGCGGGGACUUAGACAUAUCGUUGGAAGGCGCAUUGCCGUUAGUUCUGGCGUGGCAGAUGCACGCGACGGAGAUGGCCAAGUUUAAGGAGAGCGAGUGGAUGCAGGGUACUGGAGAGCUGCGUGCCUCAAAUCUUCAAGUACUGUCCCUCGUGCUCCGACAACUUGAAGAUCUUCUACUCCUAGACAAGCCGCCAAUAACCCCUCCAGGCACGGGUUCUAUCAAGAAGCGGGGCAACGCUCCGUCCAUUUCAGAUGCAUCUGAGCUGUACGAUCGUAACAAGUACUAUCGGUACGCCGCCGACAAGAAUCAGGCAUUCGCAGAGCUGUACGCGUUCUGCUUUGCUCUCGCGAGGCCGCCAACGGCGAGGAACAUUGAUAUGGAUACCGCAAGUGCCUUCUGGUCCGUUUUGGUUGUCCCAAAGUAUGCAAUCAUGAAGGACAUCAUAGAAUUCAUUAAUGAGAAGGGCACUUACAAAGGCGUCAAUAAGGAUCUAUGGAACAUGGUGCUUGAAUUUUCCCGCACCAUACAGCCGGAUCUGUCCAACUAUGAAGCUGAUGGGGCAUGGCCUACAUUGCUCGACGACUUCGCUGCCUGGAAGAAGGCCAAAGUUGGUGACGGAGAUGUCAAUGUAGAAGCCGACGACUAA